GAAGUAGGUGGCGAUUGAAUGAAAAAUGACGGUGAUGUAAUUAAGAGAUGGUAAUGUUUACAUCCAGAAAUAGAUCGUCUGUGGGGAGAAUCAAUCAAUUGCUAGUUUGAUUCCCAAAAUGUCGGAUAGUGAAGAGUUUGGGGCGCUGGAAACAGCGUCCAUUUCUCCUUCAGAAGAGUUAACACAUCUAAGAGAAAAGGUUAAGACCCUUGAAGAACAUGAAGCAGAAUUUGGUCAAAAGAGGGCAAAGUUUAAGGAGAUUUACAUGCAGAAAGAGAAGGAACUGGAGUCAGAAAAAGAACGACUACAGAAAACAGAAUCAGAAUUAAAGUCGGUCAAGGAAGAGUAUGAAAGACUAAAAGGAGAAAUGGAAGGAAUAAAGACAGCUGUAGCUUACUCUGAAUCCAAUAGACAGGAUGAGAUCGAGGCGAUUCGUAGACAGUGUAAAGAGGAGAUUGACACACUACAAUCUCUUCUUAAUGAAGUAAGAAAUGAAGCCUCAACAUCAACAGCCAUGCAGUAUGAGCAGGAACAACGGAAGCUGAAAGAAUUAUGUGAAAAGUACGAAGAAGAAGUGCGUGAGUUACGCAGCCGCCUCAAUCAAGAUGGAGAGGGGUUCUUGUCCUCUGUUGCUAAGCAACUAAAGCAGAUGGCGCCAGGGUCCCUGGCAGGAAGCAGUUCCAGUCUGGCCCAGGAGCAUGAGAGUCUGGAGGACGACAUGAGGAAGGCACAAGCUGAUGCAGAGAUACUAAAGUCAGUCGUAAUGCCUCUGGAGGAGGAGAUAAGAAGUUUAAAGGAACAGCUCCAUGAGGCGAGAGGGAGGGGGAGAGAGGGGCAGGGAAGUCAGACCUCCCCCACCAACAAACACCCCACCCCUGACACUCAGUCCCUCUCAGAAAUGGACCACUCCAGAGACCCCGAGGAGAGGAUCAAUGAGCUCAUGAAAUACUUGAAAGCAGAGAAGGCGUCACGCAAAGACCUGGAGAUGUAUGUAGCCGUGCUGUCGACUCAGAAAAAUGUGUAUGAGGAGGAGGCCGACAAACUCAAAAAGGAUUUGGACGAUGUCUGUAAAAUCCUGGAGGAAGAGAAGAAGUCCCAUGAGGACUUGAGACAGACUUGGCAAAUGGCCAACGACCAGUUCCUGGAAUCUCAGCGCCUAAUGAUGAUGGAUCUCCGGCGAAUGGAAUCUGUCCUGACCGUGGAACAGCAGAGGCAGAUCGGAGAACUCAAAUUGAAAGACAGGAAAAGAGAGGCCCAAGAAAAGCGCGUCAAAGAUUUGGAGGAAAUGCGGAAUAAACAGGAACAGGAUCAGCAGCGCCGUAAACUAGUUGUAGAGGCCACCCUCAAUAAUUUACGGAGAUUGAACCGACAUGCUUUGAAUAAGAUGGAACAGGCUUCAGAGAAACUGCAGGCUCUAGAGAACCAUGACCUUGGGAACGUCCUUCAAGUACAGUCCGAGUCCUUGUCCCAGGGGUCAAACUCCAGCAUCAAUCUCCUCUCGACAGAUGACGGUCAGGUCAAGCAGUCGCCGAGUAACGACAUGCUAGAUACCACUGGGGAGAGCCUGGUGGACGGUCUGUCCGCUCCAGAGGACGGGCUCAGGGUCCAGAUCAGUCCGGAGAAAACCCUUCACAUGCCUCACCUGUCCGAGGCCCAGAUGAAAGCCAUUACAGACCCUACCCCUGAGUUGGUGGCUCGCCAGUCUCUGCUGGCCACAGCCAGACAGACGGACAGCAGAAUCUCCCUGGAGGGACGUAGGAUGGUCAGCGAGAAGGAGUGGGAGCUCCUCCAGAAACAGCUGUUGGAGGCGCGGGAGAAAGCUGGUAAGCCCUGUGAUAUGUGCAAUAACUACGAAGCCCAGCUUCAGAACAUUCAGGAUGAGUACAAGAGAGAGCAGGUGAAGGCAAAGUCCCUAGAGCGCCGGCUCAAUCACGAACUACAGACGCUGGAGAACAAACAGAAGUACAUCACAGACCUAGAGAACAGUCUCAACAACUCAGCGACCGAAGCUCAAAACCAGAUCACCAGUUUAACAACAAAAAUCCAGGAAUGUGAACGGUACCUGACAGAAGUCAGGCAACAGAACACGCAAUCUCAGCUCGAACUCAGGGAUAUGUUGAAAUCAUUAACCAAAGACAGAGAAACUGUACAGAAAGAAAUCAUGAAGCUACAGAGUGACAAUGAUUCCUUGAUGGGGGCACACUCAAAGUUUGCCCAGCAGCUUCAGAAUGAGGACAUCAACCUCCCCAACAACAUGGAGGAGCUACAGCUUCUGUUACUGAAGUACAGAGAGGAAAUCAUUCAGGCCAAGGUGGCCAAGGAACACAUAGAGAGCUCGCUCAAAAGUGAAAAUAUGUUUCUAAAAUCCCGAGUCCACGCUGAACAGGAAGAGAAAAACACGCUAGAGGAGACCCUGAAUCAGGAGAUAAACAGUCUACAGGAAAAAUUAGCUGUGCAGGAAAGCCUAAAGUCAGAGUUAGAGAGAGAGGCUACAGUAAGAGCAAACUUUGAGGCCAAAUGCAAAGAAACAGAGGAAUCGAUGAAGAGCAUUCAGGCCAAGUCUAAACAGCUGAUAUCUGCCUUGCAGCAACAGGUGGAGGAACAGUCCAAUGCAAGGACACAGCUGGAAAAUGAGCUCCAGAAACAAAAGGGCAAAGUUCAGUCCCUCCAGAUUGAUCUUGACAACAGUGAGGCUGUACAGAGGGACUUCGUCAAGCUCUCUCAGUCACUACAGAUACAACUAGAGAAGAUUAGACAGGCUGAAAAUGAAGUACGGUGGCAGCAUGAAGAUGAUGUAGAAGACUGUACAAACUGUAAACAGGCAUUUAGUGUCACCAAGAGAAAGCACCAUUGUCGACACUGUGGUAGAAUCUUUUGUUCGGACUGUAUAUCAAAGACAGUGAAUAGUGGGCCCAAUGGCCGAUCGUUCCGAGUCUGUGACAUCUGCCACACGAUCCUCGUCAAGGACGCCAUGCCUUACUUCAGCACGGAACCCCCCAGCACGCCUGACUAGAUGGAGUUCUCCCCUUUAGUUUACCUUAUCAUUGUUAUAAUACGUCUUUGUUGUUAUUGUGUAUUAGCCCACUUAAAUGUAGCUGAAAGUGAAAAUGAGAUUUUCUG